GGCUCGUACGCUGUCUGCCAGCCAACGUAAUGAUAGUUUCAGCUUAAAGUCAGCUGGUAACGUCUGCCUCGUUAAGUUCUUAGCAGAAAACAGCAGGUGACCCGGCCCAGAAGAGGAACACUAUGCAUGACGCGUAUGAGCCUGUGCCUAUUUUGGAGAAACUGCCACUCCAAAUAGACUGUCUUGCGGCUUGGGAGGACUGGCUCCUUGUGGGAACAAAACCAGGCCACCUUCUUCUCUACAGGAUCAAGAAGGAUGCAGGAACAAACAGGUUUGAGGUGACCCUAGAAAAAUCCCACAAGAACUUCUCCAAGAAGAUCCAACAGUUGUAUGUGGUCUCUCAGUUCAAGAUUUUGGUCAGUCUUUUAGAGAAUAACAUCCAUGUCCACGACCUACUCACGUUCCAGCAGAUCACAGUGGUGUCCAAGGCUAAAGGAGCUACACUGUUUGCUUGUGACCUCCAGCAGUCCAACUCAGGGGAGGCCAAGCUGCGAAUGUGUGUAGCUGUCAGGAAGAAACUGCAGCUUUAUUAUUGGAAAGACAGAGAGUUCCAUGAAUUGCAGGGAGACUUUGCGGCACCUGACAUACCCAAGUCCAUGGCUUGGUGUGAAAAUUCCAUCUGUGUCGGAUUUAAGAGAGACUACUAUCUGAUCCGGAUGGAUGGGCGUGGCUCAAUCAAGGAGCUGUUCCCCACGGGAAAGCAGCUGGAGCCUCUGGUAGCCCCGCUAGCCGACGGAAAGGUCGCAGUCGGUCAAGAUGACCUGACAGUAGUCCUGAACGAGGAAGGUGUCUGCACACAGAAAUGCGCCCUCAACUGGACGGACAUACCUGUCGCAAUGGAGCAUCAGCCUCCGUACAUCAUCGCCGUGCUCCCUCGUUACGUGGAGAUCCGAACGUUUGAGCCCAGGCUGCUGGUCCAGAGCGUGGAGCUACAGAGACCGCGUUUCAUCACCUCUGCAGGGCCCAAUGUCGUGUAUGUUGCCAGCAACCAUUUCGUCUGGCGACUUGUCCCGGUCUCCAUAGCGAGUCAGAUCAGGCAGCUCCUACAGGACAAACAGUUUGAGUUGGCCCUUCAGUUGGCGAAGAUGAAGGAUGAUUCAGACGGAGACAAGAGGCAGCAGAUUCACCACAUCCAGAACCUGUAUGCCUUCAACCUGUUCUGCCAGAAGCGCUUUGAUGAGUCCAUGCAGGUGUUUGCUAAGCUGGGCACAGAUCCCACUCACGUGAUUGGACUGUACCCAGACCUCCUUCCAUCUGACUACAGAAAGCAGCUUCAUUACCCUAACCCUCUGCCCGCUCUGUCUGGGCCUGAGCUGGAGAAAGCUCAUCUUGCUCUCAUAGACUACCUUACACAGAAACGCAGUCAUUUGGUGAAGCAGUUAAAUGAUUCGGACCCUUCUACCACUUCCCCCCUUAUGGAGGGCACACCCACAAUCAAGAGCCGCAAGAAGCUCCUACAGAUCAUUGACACCACCUUGCUAAAGUGCUAUCUCCACACUAAUGUGGCCCUGGUGUCGCCUCUCCUACGGCUGGAGAACAACCACUGUCACAUAGAGGAGAGUGAAUACGUGCUUAAGAAGGCCCAUAAGUACAGCGAGCUUAUCAUUCUGUAUGAGAAAAAAGGCCUGCACCAGAAAGCCCUGCAGGUCCUGCUGGAUCAGUCCACUAAAGCUAAUUCUCCACUAAAGGGCCAUGAGAGAACAGUACAGUACUUACAGAGACUGGGAGUGGAAAAUCUGGGCAUUAUCUUUGAGUUCUCUCCAUGGGUGCUCAAGAGCUGUCCAGAGGAUGGACUGAAGAUUUUCACAGAGGACCUGCCGGAGGUGGAGUGCUUGCCGAGAGACAAGGUGCUGGACUUCUUAAAGGAGGGUUUUAAGGAGCUGGCAGUCCCCUACCUGGAACACAUCAUCUACGUGUGGGAAGAGACUGGGGCUGAGUUUCACAACGUGCUGAUUCAGCUCUACCUGGAGAGAGUGCAGUGCCUGAUGAAGGAAUACCUGAACUCACUGCCUGAGGGUGUACCAGCUGUAGCUGCAGGGAAGGAGGAGGGUGAGCUUGGAGAAUUACGGAACAAGCUGCUCACUUUUUUGGAAGUGUCCAGCAGCUACGAGCCAGAGAGACUAAUCAGUGACUUCCCUUUUGAUGGUCUUUUGGAAGAGCGGGCACUGCUGCUGGGUCGUAUGGGGAAACAUGAGCAGGCUCUCUUCAUUUAUGUGCACAUUCUGAAGGACACACACAUGGCAGAAGAGUAUUGUCACCGACAUUAUGACAAAUCCACAGACGGGAACAAAGAUGUGUACCUGUCCCUGCUGCGUAUGUACCUGUCCCCUCCCGAUGUGCACUGCUUAGGCCCCAUCAAAAUGGAGCUGUCUGAACCCCAAGCCAAUCUCCACGCUGCUCUACAGGUUCUGGAGCUGCACCACAGCAAGCUCAACACAACCAAGGCCAUAAACUUGCUGCCAGCGAACACGCAGAUCCGUGAGAUCCGGGUGUUUUUAGAGAGUGUUCUGGAGGAGAAGGCCCAGAGGAAGCGCUUUGACCAGGUCCUCAAGAGCUUGUUACAGGCUGAGUUCCUGAGGGUCCAGGAGGAGCGGAUCUUCCAUCAGCAGGUGAAAUGCGUGAUCACUGAGGAGAAGACUUGUCGAGUGUGUAAGAAAAAGAUUGGGAACAGUGCCUUUGCCAGGUAUCCAAACGGUGUGGUCGUCCAUUAUUACUGCUGUAAGGAUCGCAGCGUGUGUCCUACAGAGCAGUAACACACCCUGCAGGGACAUCAGUACGCACACCUGUCAUCUGGUCUACUGAGACCACCAACAGACUUCACCCCCAGGCCUCGUGCUCAACACAGCACCGCUGUGGAAACUGCUGGAAACAGAAGGAACCAAACGGCUGUCCUGCACAUAGAAAUGCCAUUCUCUUUCUCUCUCUCUCUCUUUCUCUCUCUCUCUCCUCUUGUUUUUUCUGUCUUCCUCUACCUUUCAGUCUGUCUUAAAUCUGUAGACAUGGUAAAGCUGUGUCUUUGAAAGGUCAAAUGUGUCUCAGACAUUGAGCUGAAAGCAUCUCAUCUCUGUGAAUGAAUCACACUCGCUGUUGAACAGUACGUUCCUUUUUGACUCCAGAAUAUGUUAAAGCUAAUGCACAGCAUGCAGCUCGUUGAUGUCUAAAUGCGCAUAAUGACACUGUUGAGAGACAAAAACACUCUUGAAAGCUACCUAAAGCAACUGCAUCUCACUUUUUAAACCUUCUCCUCUAUUGUCUGCUUUUCCCAUGACACCAAACAGAAUGCUCCGUCAUACUCUGGGUGUUUGUUUAUUAAUAUUGUUUUGAAGCAUUAUGUCUAUCUGUAGACUGUUAGUGCUGAACCCAAGAUGUGGAUGGGCUGUCAGUUUCUCUUUAUAUUACUUUUAGGAUGUCGAGACCACAGUGCUAUUGAGUAACCGGGUCAAAUUGUUCUGUACUGUUCUCUUAUCCAGUGGGCAGAAUUCACAGAUACCAUUUGUACAGUGCUUGCUAUGCACAUCCAUCAAGUUCAGCAGGCUUUUGAGUGAAUACUAACUCUUGUAUCUUGUUAUGCAAUGCAAAACAUGAAAGUAAGACAGUGUUUCAUCUAAGUGUCUGUUUUGGUACUCAUUAUUUUUUACCCCCACUCUUUUGUUUUUGAUUUUGUUUUUUUGUUGUUGUUUUUUUUUUUGCUGUGGUUUAGA